AUGGAAAGAAAUGAGGAGAAAAGAGAAAAAGGAAAUGAUAUUGUUGAAACGACAAGGAGAAAAAUGGAUGAUUCUAAAUUAGCCUAUGAAACAAUUGAAAAUAUCAUCGUUGAUAACGAAUCAACAAUAAAGUCAUUCAAAAAAUUGCCAACUGUAAGAAAAGAAUUUGAAACAUCAAUUAAAUGCAAUAAAGCAAAAGUAAAGAAAUGGCUUAUUUCGGUGAUAAAUCGUCUUACGAAGGAAUGGAAGCCAAAAUUAUGUCAAUCGUUAUUUACCGAAAAAGAACUGAUCGAAUUAUGUUAUCGAGCUAGGGAAGUAUUUUGGAUGCAACCUACUCUUGUAGAAGUAAAAUUGCCAAUAACAAUUUGUGGUGAUAUUCAUGGACAGUUUAAAGAUUUAUUAGCACUUUUUAUUCUUUAUGGCUUUCCACCUGAUCGACGAUAUCUUUUUCUUGGUGAUUAUGUUGACCGUGGUCCAUUUUCCAUCGAAGUUGUGACACUUUUAUUUGCUUACAAGAUACUUUAUCCACGUGACAUUUAUCUUCUACGUGGAAACCAUGAAUCACGUUAUAUUAAUCUUAGAUACGGAUUCUAUGAUGAAUGUGUAUUGAGGAAUUUUGAAAAGACUGAUUAUAUCAGUUUAUAUUGCUAA